GCUCUGCACCUCAUUUCUUUCAUAGAUGAAUCCUUGGCCAUUUUUCUUUCUCUAAUUUCUCUGCCUGAAUCUCUCUCUCUCUCUUCGCUUGCCUCCUGAGGCUUCGUCUCUGAAUUUCUCUAUCUGGGUUGGUCGAUCUUGAUCGAAGCUAAAUCUUUAAAAGUUUCCCCAACAUGGGUUCAUAUACCCCCAAGAACAUCCUCAUAACUGGGGCUGCUGGCUUCAUCGCAUCUCAUGUUGCCAACCGGCUCAUCCGCAGUUACCCUGGCUACAAGAUUGUUGUGCUUGACAAGCUUGACUAUUGUUCAAAUCUGAAAAACCUCCUUCCCUCCAAAUCAUUACCCAAUUUCAAGUUUGUUAAGGGGGACAUUGCCAGUGCUGACCUUGUCAACUAUCUCCUCAUCACUGAGUCAAUCGAUACCAUAAUGCAUUUCGCUGCCCAGACCCAUGUCGACAACUCCUUUGGUAACAGCCUUGAGUUCACCAAGAACAACAUCUAUGGCACCCAUGUUCUCCUAGAAGCAUGCAAAGUUACUGGACAAAUCAAGAGGUUCAUCCAUGUCAGCACAGAUGAGGUCUAUGGUGAGACUGAUGAAGAUGCUGUUGUGGGAAACCAUGAAGCAUCUCAACUUCUCCCAACAAAUCCAUACUCCGCAACAAAAGCGGGCGCAGAAAUGCUUGUUAUGGCAUAUGGCAGAUCGUAUGGAUUGCCUGUUAUAACUACCCGUGGAAACAAUGUCUAUGGACCAAAUCAAUUUCCUGAAAAAUUGAUUCCGAAGUUCAUUCUGUUGGCCAUGCAAGGGAAGCCUCUGCCCAUUCACGGGGAUGGUUCUAACGUGAGAAGCUAUCUAUAUUGUGAGGAUGUUGCUGAGGCUUUUGAGCUCAUUCUUCACAAAGGAGAGAUUGGACAUGUGUACAAUAUUGGAACAAAGAGGGAAAGGAGAGUUAUUGAUGUGGCCAAAGAUAUAUGCAGACUUUUCUCAAUUGACCCGGAGACAAACAUCAAGUUUGUUGAAAACAGACCUUUCAAUGAUCAGAGGUAUUUCCUAGAUGAUGAGAAGCUGAAGAUUUUGGGGUGGUCAGAGCGCACCCAGUGGCAAGAUGGGUUGAAGAAGACUAUAGAAUGGUACACUCAGAAUCCUGAUUGGUGGGGUGAUGUAUCUGGGGCUCUGCUACCUCAUCCUCGAAUGCUGAUGAUGCCUGGUGGGAUUGAGAGACUUUCGGAAGAGUCUGAGAGUGGCAAAUCUGAAUCUUUUGUCUCAAGUAAUCCCCGAAUGUUGGUUCGACCUUCCAAAGCUAGUGGCUCUCCUCGUAAACCUCCCUAUAAGUUCUUGAUCUAUGGUAGGACUGGUUGGAUUGGGGGUGUACUUGGGAAGCUAUGUGAAAAACAAGGGAUUCCUUAUGAAUAUGGAAAAGGGCGUCUAGAGGAUCGCACAUCACUCUUGGCAGAUAUUCAGAAUGUCAAGCCAACCCAUGUGUUCAAUGCUGCUGGUCUGACUGGUAGACCUAAUGUUGAUUGGUGCGAAUCUCAUAAAGCAGAAACAAUUCGAGUCAAUGUUGCUGGAACCUUGACCUUGGCAGAUGUUUGCAGAGAGCAUGGACUCCUGAUGCUGAACUAUGCUACUGGGUGUAUAUUUGAAUAUGAUGCGAAACAUCCAGAAGGUUCGGGAAUUGGGUUCAAGGAAGAGGACACACCCAAUUUCCAUGGUUCUUACUACUCAAAAACCAAGGCCAUGGUUGAGGAGCUCUUGAAAGAAUUCGACAAUGUCUGCACUCUCAGAGUUCGGAUGCCCAUCUCAUCUGACCUGAACAACCCUCGCAACUUCAUUACCAAGAUCUCUCGUUAUAACAAAGUGGUAAACAUUCCUAACAGCAUGACCAUCUUGGAUGAGUUAAUACCCAUUUCUAUUGAGAUGGCAAAACGGAACUUGAGGGGCAUAUGGAACUUCACAAACCCUGGUGUCGUAAGCCAUAAUGAGAUACUGGAGAUGUACAAGCAAUACAUUGACCCAAAGUUCACAUGGGCUAACUUCACACUCGAAGAGCAAGCCAAGGUCAUAGUUGCAGCUCGAAGCAACAAUGAAAUGGAUGCAUCCAAGUUGAAGAAAGAGUUCCCUGAGUUGCUGCCAAUCAAGGAGUCGCUGAUCAAGUACGUCUUUGAACCAAACAAGAAGGUGUAAGCAAAUUUCAGUUAUAGAGCUCGGUAAAACCUCCACCAUCCAUAUUAGGUGAUAUAUGCUUAGAUUACCUCAGUUUAGUUGAAUCAGUAUCACUCAUUAUUCAUUUUUAGCCUUGCCAUUAUUUCUUGUAUGCCUAGAGGGUGUUGGGUAUAAUUCUACUAAGUGUGCUUUCUGGGUUUUCAUCGUUAUAUCUUACUUUCCUUCGUGUUCCAUUUUACAAAAACUUUCCACAGAUUCGGUUCCCGAUAGAUAUACUUCUGUAAACUUCUUUUACAUUCUGUUCAAUGAAGGUUGUGGUGUUUAAUU